AUGCCGACAUUAGCAGCCAUAGACGUCUCGGUCUGUGACGACCGGAUAAGCCUCGUCUUCUCGCACCGCGCCCUCGCCGCCGCCUACGCCGCCUACCUCGAAGCCGAAGAUUCGCGGCCACCUUAUGCGCAGGCUGUACCAGGCUACCGACGACUUGUCGUGUUUCAUGCCGCCUCUAAAGAAGUCACACUAGCCAUGCCCAGCUUCCUCACCUGGUUCAUCACCAUGCGGCAACCGGAUGACGAAGACAGCGUGACGUUUACUUUCUCAGACGAGGACGAGGAGUUAGCCAGGGCGUGGGCAGAGAGCGUGGUUCUUUUUGAGCCACCGGUGCCAGGAACGGUGUACGAUUCGGAGGACGGUGUUAAGCAGCUGCAUGUCAAGAGGCUGUGGAAUAGGGGGAAGUUGUUGCAGAGGCUGGAGGAGCUGAAGAAGGUCAGGAGCCGGGUUACGACGGUAUGCUCUCUCAAGUCGACGAGAUCAUCGCCACGGUCGUCGCCAAAAGAGGGAUCCAAGGAUGGUGUGCCGUGGGACAGAUUGCCGAUUUCGCAAGGCAGUGAUCCUGGCAGAUCCUCGCUUAUCUCCCCUGACAAUCAUAUCGAUCGCAUGUCUCAGCCAUGA